AUGUCUCAAUCCUCAUUUUCACCGAAAUAUUAUGAAUUUUUAGAAUUAAUUCGUUAUGAUAUUGAAAACAGUUCUGAUAAAACUAUUGAAGAAUUAAAGAAGCCGAGAACUAUCGACAUACCAAUUCCAGAUAAUAUAACUGUGAACGAAGUUAAAAUAGAUGAAAAGUAUAGAAUUAAAAGUAAAGAAUAUUUGGAGAAUGGAUUGAAAAAAUAUGAGGACGUUGUAGAUGAAAAAUGGAAAUAUUUUGAUAAUGAAUUAUGUGGAGAAUGGAUUAAAAUUAACGAUCAGAAGGACACAGGAAGGGUAAUUCUUUACAUGUUUGGAGGAGGAUACUUUAUGGGAUCCAGUAAGGUUUCCAGACCUAUUACUUUUAAGCUCUCUGAAAUUGCUGAAUGUUCGGUUUUCGCAAUCGACUAUCGUCUUGCUCCACAAUAUCAAUUUCCUGCACCACUUUGUGAUGCUUUAGCAGCGUAUUUUUAUCUUAUCAAUCCUGGACCGGAAGCUGGAUUCAAACCGUUUGAUCCUAAACAAAUAGUAUUUGCCGGUACUAGUGCUGGUGGUGGAUUGGCUGUUGGUACAGCGUUGUUUAUGCGCGAUAUUGGUUUACCAUUACCAUCUAGCCUUGUUUUAUGGUCACCAUGGGUAGAUUUAACAAAUAGCAUGGCAUCAUUAUGGAAACCCGAAAUGGAUAAAACAGAUUUUGUUCCUAAGUUAACGUCUAGUGCUUAUCGUACGUGUACUAAUAUUGGACCACCAUGUCCUAUGUCAAUUGAAUUUCUUGAUCAUGUAAAAAUUCUUGCGGAAAAAAUUAAAAAAAAAAAGCCAAAUGUAGUGGGUCACCCAUCUUUUACUAAGAUUCCUAGAUACCAUUUUUAUUGUGCGAAUGAAGCUUUAGCCAUUCCUUAUAUUAGUCCAAUGUUAGCAGAAAGUUUGGGAAAUUUACCACCCAUUUUAUGUCAAGUAGGUGGUGGGGAAAGGUUUUUGGAUUCUAAUAUUUUAUUUAGUUUUAGAGCUUCUGAUCCGAAUAAAUACCAAUUACCCAAAUAUACUACAACGAAUUUUGCCAAUUCAUCAUUCAAAAAUCCCACAGAAGUCACUCUUGAAGUUUAUGAUGAAGCGUUUCAUUGCUUUCAAGCUUUUGUUAUAGAUGAAAAAAUUUCUCAGUUCUCACUAAAAAGAGCUGGCGAUUUCAUUAAGCAACAUAUACCUAAUGAAAGCUCUGAUGAAGCAGAAAGCAAAUCUAUUCAAGGCAAAACUAAUGUUCAAACAACCAUGAAUGCAAUUGCAAUUAAUCCUAAUUGUGAGAUUAGAGAGUUAGAUAUGGAAUUUUUAACUUGUUUAGAAUAUGAGAAUAUUGGGAUUUUUCCGGAUGUUUAA